AACUAGCGCUCGGUACUGUGUAUUACAGAGUCACGGAGUUGGGUGGGAAGGGUUUUGUUGCUACACCGGAAGUAUUGUACCUUUGAAAUGCGUGUUUUGUAUCAGCACCCACAAAGCAGACUGCAUACAUAGCAUGAGGCGUCAUGACACAAAGGAUCCAGAGACUGCCACUUAUGAGAGGCUUGUAUUCAGAAAUGCCUCUGAUUACCAUUACAUGAAGAUCUCACUUAUAUUUGAAGGAGGAAACAUUCGUCUCAAUGCUGCCCAUUUCAAGCAGUUGAUCAUUUCUUCACUCAGGGAGCUGUAUGGAGAGAUUGGAGCAGCCUUACCCUUUGAUGUUUUAAAAUUUGAAGAGAACACUUUAUCAGCAGUGCUUAGAGUAUACAGCAGUGCCCUUGUGAGACUGUGGAGCGCCCUCACGUUGCUCGGGGGCUAUCAGGGUCAGCCCUGUGGGGUCCGGGUAGUGCAGGUCACACCAUUUCUUUUAGCUUUGUCUGGUAACAGCAGAGAACUAAAGCUUGACUAAACUGCAUGUGCAUUCCAGAAACCCCGCAAUGACCUUUACCUUGAAAGGACUGAACUUCAGAAGUUUAUAUUGCCUCUCGCAGACGCUUCACCCAGCACAGCUAAGUGUUUCCACAGAUCCCUUACAGUUCCAGAACCUUCACCAGAG